GCCACGGGGCAGCGGUGAGUGUGAUGUGAUUCGGUGUGAUGUGAUUCGGUGUGAUGUGAUUCGGUGUGAUGUGAUUCGGUGUGAUGUGAUUCGGUGUGAUGUGAUUCGGUGUGAUGUGAUUCGGUGUGAUGUGAUUCGGUGUGAUGUGAUUCGGUGUGAUGUGAUUCGGUGUGAUGUGAUUCGGUGUGAUGUGAUUCGGUGUGAUGUGAUUCGGUGUGAUGUGAUUCGGUGUGAUGUGAUUCGGUGUGAUGUGAUUCGGUGUGAUGUGAUUCGGUGUGAUGUGAUUCGGUGUGAUGUGAUUCGGUGUGAUGUGAUUCGGUGUGAUGUGAUUCGGUGUGAUGUGAUUCGGUGUGAUGUGAUUCGGUGUGAUGUGAUUCGGUGUGAUGUGAUUCGGUGUGAUGUGAUUCGGUGUGAUGUGAUUCGGUGUGAUGUGAUUCGGUGUGAUGUGAUUCGGUGUGAUGUGAUUCGGUGUGAUGUGAUUCGGUGUGAUGUGAUUCGGUGUGAUGUGAUUCGGUGUGAUGUGAUUCGGUGUGAUGUGAUUCGGUGUGAUGUGAUUCGGUGUGAUGUGAUUCGGUGUGAUGUGAUUCGGUGUGAUGUGAUUCGGUGUGAUGUGAUUCGGUGUGAUGUGAUUCGGUGUGAUGUGAUUCGGUGUGAUGUGAUUCGGUGUGAUGUGAUUCGGUGUGAUGUGAUUCGGUGUGAUGUGAUUCGGUGUGAUGUGAUUCGGUGUGAUGUGAUUCGGUGUGAUGUGAUUCGGUGUGAUGUGAUUCGGUGUGAUGUGAUUCGGUGUGAUGUGAUUCGGUGUGAUGUGAUUCGGUGUGAUGUGAUUCGGUGUGAUGUGAUUCGGUGUGAUGUGAUUCGGUGUGAUGUGAUUCGGUGUGAUGUGAUUCGGUGUGAUGUGAUUCGGUGUGAUGUGAUUCGGUGUGAUGUGAUGUGGUGCAUGUUCGUAUAUGUGGGUACCCACUCAUGGAGCACCUUCAACCACUGCCAGCGGUACACCCCGCUGCAGCAUGUAGCAGCAGGGCAGGAGCGGUUCAUGGUGUGCAACUCGAGCUUGUCCGAGGCAGCAGUGCUGGGCUUUGAGUACGGCUUCAGCCUGGAGAACGAAAACGCCCUCGUCUGCUGGGAGGCGCAGUUUGGUGAUUUCGCGAACAACGCGCAAGCAAUAAUAGACAACUUCAUAGUGAGCGGGGAGGACAAGUGGAUGACCCCCACGGGCCUCGUGCUGCUGCUGCCGCAUGGCUUUGACGGCCAGGGGCCCGAACACUCCUCCGCCCGCCUCGAGAGGUACCUGCAGCUGGUGAACGACGAUGCCGACCAUCUCCCCGGCUACAGUCCACACUUGGCCGCCCAGAUUGAGGCGGGGUUCACGAUAGCCGACCGGGAUAACAAGGGCCACGUGUCACUCUCUGAUUUGCUGGAGUUCAUGCAAUCGCAGUACGGGCUGGGCCACGACUACGUGACGGCGCUCGCCCACCAGAUGCACAUUGACGAAUCAAAUCAAAUCUCCAAGGCGGACUGGGAGUCAUUCAUGGUGCGGUGGAUGAGGCGCAACGCACAGAGGGACAACAACGUGUGUGUCGUCAACCUCACCACCCCGGCCAACUACUUCCACGCCCUCCGCCGCCAGGUCAAUCGGCAUUUCUCCAAGCCCCUUGUUGUCAUGUCCCCCAAGUACCUGCUCCACCACAAGCCCUGCGCGUCACCUCUCAGCCAUUUCACAUCCAGCACAUUCUUCCAGCCAGUGAUAGCAGAUGGAGACAUAGGAGACAACAUGCGGCACCUGCAUGCUGACAAGCUGCUGCCGCCCAGCAAGAUGAAACGACUCGUGCUGUGCUCAGGAAAGAUCUACUACUCGCUGGCGCAUGCAAGGCGGGCGAGGAAGCAGUGGGAUGUGGGGCUGAUGCGCAUAGAGCAGCUGGCGCCCAUGGCUGUGGACCAUGUAGCCCGGAUCAUCAACAGCCACUCCGCGGCAGAACUCGUGUGGGCACAGGAGGAACCCAAGAACAUGGGAGCUUGGCCGUACAUCAGGCCACGUGUUGCCACGAUACUGCACAGCCUUUGUCCAGAUCACCCCGCCACGUCAGCACCUACGCCCAUCCGUUUUGUUGGCCGUGCCCCCUCUGCCUCUCCUGCCACUGCGCAACCACUCGAGAAUCUCUCAAUGCAUCAGUCAGCUACGGCCGGCAAGAGCGGCAGAUACGGUCGGUCCCCCUCAGGUUCCCGCGACUCCCCCCUUGCACCCUCCCGCUCCGACCAGCCCAGCUGGCGCUCCGCCGUCGCCGCUCCUCCCCCGUCCGGGGGGGCAGGAGCGGCAGGAGCAAGCGGCGGGGGAAGCACGGGAUGGGGGGACAGCGCGGACGGCGGUAGAUCUGGCGGCGCAGCUCCCGGGGGAGCGUGGGCGCGGGGCGGCCCGGGGAAGAGCGACAACGCUUGGGGAAGAGGGGCUGGCGUUGGCGGGGCUGGCGGAGCCCGCGGGGGACCUGGCGGAAACCCGUGGCACACCGGCGGGGGAGGGGUGGGUGUGCUGACCGGCGCGUGGCAACAGCCGCUGCAACACCUGCAGCAGCCGCCGCCGGCGCAGCAGCAGGCGCAGCUGGACCAGGUGCAAGCGGGGAAGGGCGCGCGAAAAGGGGACGGCGGGGGCGCACUUGACAGAGCGGGGGAGAGUGCGAAUGGGGGGAGCGCGAACGGAGGGAGCGCGGGAGAUGCGAGCGUGGGGGCAGCGCGCGCGGGGGGGCGGGAAUGGAUGGUGGCGGUGAGCGCCUGCCUGAUUGGACACGCGGUGGAGGUACAACUGGUGCAGGGCGACUCGUACUCUGGCAUAUUCCACGCUGCUAACGAGGAGGACUUUGGUGUGGUGCUCAGGAUGGCGCGGCUGGUGCGGCAGGGGACGGGCCCACAGAGCACAGAGACGCCUGCAGUCAGGGAAGCUGCCAGGAAGCCUCCGAUGAAAACGCUGGUGGUUCCUGCUGCGGACCUCGUGCAGCUGAUCGCCAAGGACGUGCCUCUGUUCGGAUCGGACCUGCUGGCCUCAUCUCUGGCGGCCAACGGGGAGAUCCGAACGGACAGCAGCAUCGGCAGCAUGCUCAGCAACGUGCGAGGCAGCUGGGGCGGCGCAGGUGCAGGGGGGGAGGGGCGCGAGCUGCAGCGGUGGGCGCCGGAGGGAGGGGAGGAGGGGAUGGGGCUGGACGAGGACAGCUUCAGAAGCAGCUCCAGGGCGUGGCACCAGUUUGAGGCGAACCAAAAACCGUUUGGCGUGGAGACGUCGUUUGCCGAGGCCAUUUAUACGACACCUCUACCCCUCCCUCCCCCCCGCAUCAUCUCAACCCCCCUCCCUUCCCUCCCCCACACAUCAUCUCACCCACCCCUCUUCCUUCCCUCUUCCCCAUGCGCUGACAGGGCGUGGGACCAGUUUGAGGCGAACCGCAAGCUAUUCGGUGUGGAGACCUCAUUCGACGAGGCUAUCUACACGACGCCGCUGGUGCGGCCGUCCCGGGAGCUGCAGGCGCAUGCUGAGCGGAUCGCACGGGAGAUUGAGUCGCAGCCCAGCCGGAACAUGCACACUGCGGAGGAGCGGGGCUUCCACCUGCGCAAUGCAGCGCGCACACUGGCAUCGGCAGUCAAGGCCGCCCUUUCCUCAGAUGACCCAUCUGCUGCCACUGUUGGGGGCCUGGGCGGCCAUGCGGAUAGUGCAUGGGAUGAUGACGAUGAUAUGGACGAGGAGACCAAGUACUCGUCGGUCAUCCGCUCCACCGCUGAUCUGGACAGCGGAAUGGACGACGAGGUGGAUGAUGCCAACGAUGAGACAUUUGGUGAUGCUGCCCCCACCACCGUGCAUGGCACUGUAACGGGAUGGAUGGACGAUGAGGUGGAUUCCACUGUAAGCCGGUUGGGGUUGGGCCGAGAGGGAGAAGGAGUGGGGGAGAGAAGGGUUGGGGUACAAGUGGUGUCUGUGUGUCGCCCAUGGGGCCAAGCCAGUCUGGAUCAGGUGGGGGGAAGCGAUUGGGGGGCGGACGUGGUGCUGCUGCUGGUGGGGAAUCUGGUGAAUGUGCGGUUGGUGAAUGUGCGGUUGGUGAAUGUGCGGUUGGUGAAUGUGCGGUUGGUGAAUGUGUGGUUGGUGAAUGUGCGUGGCGCCAGCGGUGCCAGUGGUGCUCUCUCUGCUACUGACCUGCCCUCCAUCCCCUCCCACCCGCGCCUGCGCAUGCACCCCCGCCGCCUCGUCAAGGCGGCAUCAGGAGGGUUGUUCCAGGUGCACGGCACUGGCAGUCCAUCCCGUCGCUCGCCCCUCAUGUCGCCGUUGCUCUCAGACGCCCCCGCCAACCUGCAGGCACUCAACCUCGACCAGAGCGUGCCGCACUUAUCUGAUGACGUGUACCGUGAGUUCCAGGAGUUCAAGCAGAGGAGCCGGCGCAUGCGAGAUGAGGCCGAGGGGCCUCCAAACAGCCACCCUCUCAUCGCCUCCUUCCUCUUUCUUCCACCAUUCAAUGUCACCCCUCCCGCCUCAUCGCCUCCACUGCUUCAUGACCUAUUCUGCCUCCCCACUCCUGCCCUUCCUCCUCUCCUUCGCUUCGCUGCAGGUCGCUCCAACGGUCGCAACACCCCCACCUACCUCGAGAGCUCCCAAGCUUUUUCUACCCCCUUAAGCCUCCCUCCCCGUCUCUGCUGUCUCUGUCGUCUUGCCUUCCCCCGCCCACCCCUGCGCCCCUAUGCAGGUCGUUCCUCGGGUCGCAACACCCCCACCUACCUCGAGAGCUCCCACUCCUCCCCAGACCUCAAGCCCUUCCUAGCCUCUGCAGCCUCGGCACUCCUCCGCUCCUCCUCCUCCGCUGCUGUCUCCUCUGCCGCCGCUCCCGCCACGUCAUACCGCUCCCCGUCGCCGUCCAACCUGGCGCGCUCGCACUCGCAUUCCGUGGACGCUCCUGCCACGUCAGCACAGGCUGCCACCUCAGCAGCCAAACCUCUGGCACCGAAACCGGCUUCUGCCGAAGCAUCAGCGGCGGCAGCAGCGGCGCCAGGCGAACAGGAAAAGAGCACAGGGAAGGCAGCAGAUGAUGGGGUGGGGACAGCAGGAGGAGGGGAAGGUGGUGAAGCAGCAGCAGACGUGCCAAGUGGUGGUACUGGCGGGGUUGGGGCAGAAGGAACGGCAGGGAAGGUGGCAGAGGAGGGAGCAGCAGGCAGCAGCAAUGCUCCUGCUGCUACUGCAAGUGGUGCUCCUGCUGCUGUGAAGAAAUCCACGCUAAAUCCAAACGCCAAGGUGUGA